AUGGUUAUGCUAAAUGUUGCUCUCCUGUGCACCAGUGCCUCUCCUACUCUAAGGCCUAAAAUGUCCCAAGUUGUGAGCAUGCUUGAAGGAAGAACAGAAGUCCAAGAGCUUAUCAGCUCAGCCGUUAUCUCAAGCACAAGGCCAUCAGAAAGCACUUCUGGGGAGAAUCCAAGCCUUACUCAAAGCAUGUCAAUUAACAGUUCAUUCCGGACCUACGUAACCAAGAACGCCUAUAUAUAUAUUGGUUAUUUUUGUGAUCAUUGGUGGGUCAGUAAACUCAUCAGAAAAAGACAUGACUCUUCUGUUACAAGUGUUGCUUGGCAUCCCAAUAAUAUUCUUCUAACAACAGCAUCUACAGAUGGAAAAUGCCGAAUAUUUUCCACUUAUAUCAAGGUCGUCGAUGAAAAGGAAUCAAAAGCAGGCUCGUCUUCAGAUGCAAAGUUUGGAGAGCUAAUUCUUCAGCUUGAUAUAUUGUGUUGUUGGGCAUUUGGUGUGAGGUGGUCACCAAGUGGAAACACCUUAGCAUAUGUAGGCCAUAACUCUCUGAUUUACUUUGUCGAUGAGGUGGGACCUUCUCCUUUGGCUCAAAAUGUUGUGUUCCAUGAUUUGCCUCUCCGUGAUGUCUUAUUUCUUUCAGAGAGAUUAGUCAAUGGUGUGGGAUUCGAUUGCAACCCCAUAGUUUUUGCAGCAGAUGAAAGAGGAAUAUGGAGCUUUAUCAGAUUUAUUGGGGAAAGAAAGAUUACAUCUUCAGGUCCAAAAUAUGGUUCACAGCUUUCUGGAGCAUUUCGGACGCUAUAUGGCCAACCAAAACAUGGAUUGGGCAAUGAUACAAAUGAUCAUUCAAGACCACAAGGAACCGUCCAUGAGAACUUGCUGUUUCUGCUGUCAGACAUUCCUUGUUUGGUAUCCCAACUUCCGCUGGAAUGUUAUCCACGACCCACUCUACCUGUCCUAGACAAUUGUAUUGUGCCGCUUGGAACUUCAGGGAGUUCUAAAGUAAUGUGCUUCAGUACAUCAGGUCAGUAAAUUGAUACAAAAUUG